AUGGGAAGUAUGUUUUUUGCCGGAAUUGUGUUUGCAUCAGUUUAUAUCUUUCCACGAUAUGUUAUACCCGAAAUAAGUAUGCAGAAUAACAUCUACUGCAGUUUAGCCGGGAUUAUUGCACCAACUGCGAUAGUUAUCAUUAAUCUACACUUAAUGAUGAUCAGUUGGGAUAAAUAUCAUGCUGCACAUGAUCCAUUUGAGCAUAGAGCAGUAAAAGAUAAGAAAGCUUUUGGUAUUAUCUCUAGUUUAGUCAUUUGGAUCUUGGCUAUAUACACUGGAUUGCUACCGAUUAUUCUACAAUUUCGAGUCAUAGAUCAACGAGAUUGCAGCCAAAUCAGCUAUAUCAACAUUCAUUAUGAAAGAGUCUACUACUAUUUAGUAGUAGGGAUAUUUUUUGUAUUACCAUUUAUUAUCAAGACUUAUUUUUAUCUCAGUAUUUAUCAAAUAAUUAAAAAGAGUACAGCCAAGGCGAUAGGAGAUACAAAUAAAAUCCAAGAUAUUCGAAAACAUUAUAAAGCUGCAAAAGUAAUCGCCAUUUUAGUUAUUACUUAUUUCUUGAUGUGGACCCCUUUCGUUAUCUAUCUCGCUUUUUGGAUUGGCAUCAGCUCAGAAAAAUUAUUUUACAACCCCCAAUUAUUUAAAAGCAUCUUAGAUUGGCGCCAAGCUAGUCAAUGUGUUGCUUUCACCUAUCCAGCUAUAAAUCCUAUCCUUUAUGGAUAUUUUAUUCCGGAUAUAAGAAAUUAUUUUGUCAGUUUAUUUUAUAAGAGGGAAAGAUUGAAUACUUCUUUAAGUAGAACCAAAUUGACUAAUGCAUCCUUUGGAGCUUCUGAGAUGAAAGAUGCGCAAAGAAAUUAUGACAACGCUAACAGAUCAAAUGAGCAAAUUGCAUGCGUCCAAAAUUAUGAUAAUUCCGUAACGAAACUGGAUCUUAAUCCUAACAUUGUCGAUGCAAGCUUUUCCGAUUCCAGUCAACUGAAUGUGGCAAGUUUCUGA